UCCAAAAGCAAAUACAAUCAAAGAUGAAUCAAUUCACCGGAGUUCUCUUCCUCUGCAUCGUUCUCCUUUCCUCCUUCCUCGGAAAUGCUGAUUCCGGUAUGAUCUCCGAUCUUUGCAAACACUCGGACGAUCCAAAACUCUGUCUCUCCAGCAUUAUUUCACGUCCCGAGUCAGGCGAGUUCGCAGGCACAAGCAACCAGAUCGAGAUCAUAGCUAUAUCCGCCGCGUCGGCCAACGCUUCAGCCACUUCUUCCUAUAUCAAGAAUAAGCUCGGCAACGAGGAUCUUGAGCCAGCGACUGAGGCCACGCUCGAGGACUGUCAGAAGAAUUACCUAGACGCCGUUGAGCAGCUCGACGACUCGAUCUCCGCGAUGCUCGCGAACGCGCACGCGGACGUCGACGUCUGGCUGAAGGCGGCGAUAAGCGCCAUCGAGUCAUGUGGAAACGCGUUGGAGUCACGUGCCGGGAACGAUGUGGAGCUUUCGCAGAGGAACGAUAUGUUUCUUAAGCUUUGCAAAAACGCUUUGAUGAUUAACAAAAUGUUAACUUGAUCAAAUUCAUUAAUUAAUUAAUCCCUCACAUAUUUGAAUGUCACAUGUAUAAUACUAUAUGCUUUCCUCUUUCUUUGUUUGUUUCUUUUUGGUUAACUGUUUGUUGUUUGGAUAAAUAUGAGAUUAAUCUAGUCAAAGAAAACAAAAAACAAUGAGAAAUUUUUUACGUUGAAUAAACUUAACAAUGUUAGAGAACAGCCCAACUUGAGACUCUCUCUCUCUUGGGUCCAAAUUGUUGAAGCCCGUAAUAGAGCUUAACACACAAUGCUAAAAUUCCAAUUUCUUCUGUUCAAAAAGCUUAGUAGUCUAAGUGGUCCAACCCAAACUUUUAGUUGAGAUUUUCCAGUUCAAUUCAACUUGGUUUAUUAUACAAAUGAAGCCGGUACGUUGAAUAAGUCUCACGGCUUGGCGGACACUAUGAUUAGGCGGCGUAGAAAUUUCAUGUAAAAAGCAAAAACACAAUGGUGGAAAUCCAACGAAAACGAAACCAGUGGUGGACAUCUACUCGAUCCAUCAUGCA